ACGCGUUUAUAUGUGCCGAUCAAAACAAUACAAAAUAAAAAAUCGCUGUAGUUGACCAUUAACAUUUAGAAAUAAAGUUGACAUGUCUUCAGUGGCCAAAGUCAUUAGAAGCGUUGGACCCAAAUUGGUUCCAUUCUUCAAAACCGUAGCUAUAUAUUUCGUGAUAUUCAUUCCACAAGAUAAACCAUCCAUAUUCAGCGUUAUAUUAAAAUGUCUACCAAUAGUAAGCCUAAUGUUAUUCGUAAUACUCAAUGGGAUGAGCUUAGGAAAUGAAUAUAAGUAUUCCAGAAAAAUUCUUCUAGGAUUAAUAUUCUGUUGUAUAGGUGACGCUCUACUCGUAUGGAAUCAAUAUUUUGACUUAGGAAUGUUUGCGUUUAUGAUAGGCCACCUCCAGUAUAUUAUGGCUUUUGGAUUUAAACCAUUACAAAUUCCACUUGCUACAGUUUUGUAUACAUUAGGCACAAUGGUUGUAUUCUAUUUACUGCCUGAUCUCUACGGUGUGUUCUCAUUCGGUGUUCCUAUUUACAUUUUCAUAAUAACUACAAUGUUAUGGAGAGCAAUUGCAAGAGUACAAUUCUUUGAGGACUUGUGGACAUGGAGUAAGCUUUGUACAUGUGCUGGUGGAAUCUUAUUUGCACUAUCUGAUCUCCUUAUCGGCAUCGAUAGAUUCAAAUUUAAUAUUGAAUAUGCACAAGUAUUAGUUAUGUCAACGUAUUACGCAGGCCAAUUUGGAAUAGCUGUAAGUGUUGUCGAUGCCACGGCUCCUAUAAAUCUUGAAAAAAAUAAAAAGGCGUAAUGUGUGCAACCCCUUACUGGGAUAAUUAGCUCAAGAUUUAGGCCAAAUAUAUAAAAUAUAAUUUAAGUAAAAUGAAUAUUAGAAAAGUUGCAUCUACUAGUAAUUCAAUAUAUUAGAAAGUUAUUUGAUAAAUAAUGAUCAAACUGACUGUUGUCAAUUUUUAGUUUCAAUUAUAAUUCAUGUUUUGUACUGUUUUUAACAUAGCUACAAAAAUAGCCCAGUCUGG